AUGUUUGCCCACAUGGAUAACAGCAGCGGUCCUUUUGUUCUCCCUACCUUAUUGCUUUCACAGCAGAACAAGAACUACUCCGAAACCUCCAUCCCUCCUGUUGGCUACGAGAUGAUGGAAUCGCCCAUAGGACCCAGCUCAAGCAGGAACCACACUAUCUUGCAGUAUGAACUGAGGCCGAGGGAAAUUGCAGCAGCCACCAUGGUUUUGGGAAUGUUGUGGCUGGUUUCCAUUUUUGGAAACUCCCUCGUUUGCUUAGUGAUCCACAGGAGCAGGAGGACACAAUCCACCACCAACUACUUUGUUGUCUCCAUGGCUUGUGGAGACCUUCUCAUCAGCGUCACAAGUGUGCCCUUCGUGCUGCUCCAGUUUACCUGGGGCAGGUGGAUGCUGGGGAAUGUGAUGUGCAAGCUGGUAAGGUAUGUACAGUACCUCACUCCUGGAGUCCAGAUCUAUGUGCUCCUCUCAAUAUGCGUGGAUCGAUUCUACACUAUCGUCUACCCCCUGAGCUUCAAAGUGUCCAGGGAGAAAGCCAAGAAAAUGAUUCUGGCCUCUUGGCUUUUUGAUGCUGUCUUUGCAUCACCAGCUUUUUUUUUCUAUGGCUCCAACAGGGAUGACCACUGCAACUUUUUUCUCCCCAAUUCUUGGGAAGGAGUCAUCUACAGUAUCAUCCACCUCUUGGUGGUGUUUUUGAUCCCAUCCCUCCUCAUUAUCCUCUUCUACCAGAAAGUUGUCAAGUACAUUUGGAGAAUAGGCACCGAUGGCAUGACUGUCAGAAGGACGAUGAAUAUUGUCCCAAGAACAAAGGUGAAAACCAUCAAGAUGUUCUUAAUGUUAAACUCAGUGUUUCUCCUGUCCUGGCUACCUUUUUAUGUGGUACAGCUGUGGCACCCGCAGGAAACAGACUACAGAAAGAGCUCCUUGGUUUUCCUGGCCAUCACUUGCAUCUCUUUCAGUUCUUCAGCCUCUAAGCCAACCCUCUACUCAGUGUACAAUGCAAACUUCAGAAGAGGGAUGAAAGAAACUUGUUGCAUGUCCGCCAUGAAAUGCUACAGAAGCAACGCGUACACCAUCACCACCAGUUCCAGGAUAGCAAAAAAAAACCACGUUGGGAUCGCAGAAAUCCCAGCUCCGGCCAAACCUGUCACCAAAGACUCCAUCUAUGACGCUUUUAACAGAGAAGCAAAGGAAAAAAAGCUUGCCUGGCCUAUUCAGUCUAAUCCCCCAAAUACAUUUGUCUAG